CAUCGGCACGGCGUACGCUAUCAUGGGAUAGAGAGAGCAUGACCUGGAAGAAUCUGGCGAAGGUUGAGUGUGUGGGCAACUGGAUGCGCGAGGGUAUUAUCGUACCCAGGUCUCACGGUGGCACGGGCGUUAUUUCGAGCGUUGCUGUUGAAUUUAGUGUUGAGACAGAGGCAGAAGACUUUCUAGAUUGGGUACUUUCUUGUUCUUUCUUCUAGCCCACAAGAAUUAUAUGUGGUUUAUCUGGAUAUCAACCUUGCUAAAGUGGCUAUGUGGCUGUAUGGAUAUCUACCUGGAUAUAUCGAUAUCCAGAUAAUUUCUCCCACUUAUCUGGAUAUCGAUAUAAGGGCCAGAAUUUCGGUGGAUAUCGAUAUACGCAGGUCUGGAGCGUAUCCAGAGUCUUUUUCUAUUUCCCCAUUUUAGAGUCAAGUAGCGGGAUGAUUGAGUGAAGGGUGGCAUUUGAGACUGUCCACUAGAAUGGCAGUAUUUUCCAUUUUCCAAAGGGCGAGCAUAUUCAUGGCGAUGCAAAGGCUGGGUCUUCCUGUUUUCAGCAGGCGAUCAUAUAUAGGAGUCGAGAGGAAUCAAUAGAAUCAAUCCUGUUGAUCAAUCAAUUGGUAUCUUGCACUCAAGAUGAAAAAAGGAAAACCUCGGAUGUAAAGUGCCG